AUGCAAACUUUGCAGGAGCGUGAGCAGUUUGUUUCGGUUUCUGCAAACGAGACGUUGCACAGGACACAAACGAAAGACUCGGAAGAGAAAAAGCACAUCCUGGAGAACGGCUGCAAGUUCGAACCAGGCUGGGCGCUGCUGGGCGGGCCGGACGGGGCGGUCCCGGGGGCAGGUCCCGGCAGCGCGGCCGUCGGGGGCACAUCCCGCACCGGCCAUGGCGGGGCCUCGGGCGAACUCAUGGCAUUGUGUUUGAAGGAUCUCGAAGACAGAAAAGAGCAAGAAGCUGUUAACAGAAGGAGUGUAGAACAGGCUGCUAAUGAUCUGAAGGCACAUGCCAUUAUGAGCAAAAGGCAGCUGUCAGACAGAGUGGCUGAGCUCCAUUUACUGCUUCGGGAGGAGGAGAGCCUGGCAAAAAACUACAUUGAUGAGAAGACUCAGCAAGCUGUGGAAGCACAUAAUCAACAGCUGGAGUCCUGUCGAGAAGAGAUUGCAGCCCUGGACACCUUCUCACAUCGAAUCAGACAAAUACAACAGUGUAGUGAUCCUGUUGAGUUGCUGGAGAAGUACACAGACAUUGCAAAGGAGAUGCAGGAGCACAGGCGGCGCCUACUGGAGCAGUGGCAUCCAGUGCCUCUCUCCUUUGACCACGUCCUUAAUCAUUACCACCACUUCAUUACACUUCUUCAGUCCAUUCUGCAGAAGCCACUAGAAGCCCGGCUUAAAGAAGACGUUUUCAGUAGCCUUAAUGCCACUGCGAAGAAGGAGCCUGGAACAGUGUUGAAAACCAUGUCUCCUGUUGACCGUUUUCUUUUCUUAAAGCAUGCAAGAUCACCAACCUGGGAAUACGACAGCCUUCACCCAAGGCUGAAAUUGUCUGAUGACCGCCUUGCAGUGAGCUGCAGCUGGAGGAGGAUACUUUACCCUUGUGGUCCCCAGAGAUUUGAUAAAUUAUGGCAAGUGCUAAGCAGAGAUGCAUUCCUUUCUGGGAGCCAUUACUGGGAAGUUGACCUGCUCCAUGCUGGAGCAGGAUGGUGGAUUGGUGCAGCCUACCCUUCCAUCGGCAGGAAAGGAGACUCUGAAACUUCUCGACUGGGCUGGAAUUCAGCGUCUUGGUGCCUGAAGAAGUUUGAGUAUGAAUACUGGGCAUUUCACAAGGGGGACAGAAUCCCCAUCGCGGUAGAAGAUGAUCCCGAUUGCAUUGGCAUUUUUCUGGAUUAUGAAGCAGGAAUCCUGUCAUUCUACAGUGUCACUGAUGGCAUGGCUCAUUUGCACACUUUCCGCUGCAAGUUCACAGAACCAGUUUACCCAGCUGUGAGGCUCUGGGAAGGGUCCGUUGCCAUACGCAAACUAACAUGA